CAUAAACUUAUGUUAGGCGUUUAGAGUGCAACAAGUUAAUAAUCUAGUUAAUAGAAGGUUUGAGCAUAUUGUUUAAAAGUUAAUUUUUGUGUUGGCCCAAUAAAAAUAAACUUGCAGUUGAAGGCUUAUAAUGAUCCAGUCUCUUUGUGCGGGUUUUCUCACCCUUGUGUGGAUUAGAACAGCUACAUGUCUGGACAACGGGCUUGCCCUCACUCCCCCCAUGGGCUUCAUGUCAUGGCAGCGCUACAGAUGUAUUACCGACUGUAAACUCUACCCUAAUGAGUGUAUCAGUGAAAAGCUGUUCCGCAACGUCACAGAUCUAAUGGUAUCCGAGGGUUACGCCGAUGCAGGAUAUAAAUACGUAAUCAUUGAUGAUUGCUGGCUUGCCAACACUCGAGACAAGGACGGAAAACUGCAACCAGAUCCGCUGCGGUUUCCUUCGGGUAUCAAGGCUUUAGCAGACUACGUGCACUCUAGGGGCUUACUGUUUGGUAUUUAUGAGGACAUCGGGACCAAUACAUGCGCUGGAUAUCCUGGCAGCGCUGAUCAUUUUGAACUCGACGCCCAAACAUUCGCUGAUUGGGGAGUUGACUACGUCAAACUGGACGGAUGCUACACAAAGAACAUGGUUUUGGAAAAAGUAUAUCCCGAGUUCGGCCAAGCCUUGAAGAAGACCGGACGACCAAUGGUGUACUCUUGUAGUUGGCCUGCGUACAAGAUAGACAACCCUGAUAUAAACUGGACCGCCAUUGCAGAACACUGCAACCUAUGGAGGCUGUACGGAGAUAUAGAUGACUCUUGGGGUUCUGUGUGGAGCAUCAUGAGCUACUUUGCUAAGAGAUCCGACCUAGUUCAACACGCUGGGCCUGGACACUGGAAUGAUCCCGACAUGCUCAUCAUUGGCAACUUUGGUCUGACUGUGUGGCAAUCAGAGGCCCAGAUGGCUGUAUGGGCUGUGUUAGCAGCUCCUCUACUGUUGUCUACAGAUCUUGCCAAAGUCCAGCCAGAGUUCAAACAAAUCUUACAGAACAAACGAGUAAUUGCCAUCAACCAAGAUCCUCUUGGCAUACAAGGAAAGAAGACAAUUUCUAGCGAUGAUAUUCACGUAUGGGUGAGACCGAUAUCUCCAAAACUUGAUGAGCAUUACUCCUAUGCCAUAGCCUUUGUAAGCAGCCGCACAGAUGGAUGGCCGUACCCCUUCAAAACAAAUCUCAGUGAUCUCGGCCUACACAACCCAUCCGGAUACAUUGUUCAGGAUCUUUUCAGGACAAGUUACCAGGAAGAACUGUUAAAACCAGAGUCAAAAAUCAGUAUUCGAAUUGUCCCAACUGGAGUGGUGUUCCUCGAGUUCAGAGCAAUUUCAGGAGAAGAGGCAAAGGCCAAGGCAGCCGAGCAAACAGAGAAAACCGGAGGGGCAAGCUCGACGACACACAGCUUGGAAAUGCUUUUCAUCACAGUGUUAUUGCUUGUUCUACAGUUUACAUUUUGAAGUAGUUUGUGCAGAGAAAAGUAUUCAAUGAUACCAAAGAGGUUUUAACUCUGUUAAAGAGCUUACCAUGCAUACAAAUUGUGACAUUCAGGGUGAUGUGUGGGAGGGGUGAGGGAAAGAUUCCCAACAUUGAGAGUCUCACCACUAACCAAGAGAAAUCCAUUGCUAUGCUGGUAAUAAUAAAAUUAUCCAACCGUAAUUAAUUGUUGAGGUGACUGUACAAAACAGCAACAAUGCUGAGGGAAGGGUUCUUGUUGGCGUGGGCCUCCCACCCCACUCACCACUCUAAUUGACACAAUCCGUACCAUAAACAUGGCAGGACGUUUUAAAUUAUCAGUACAGUAAAAUAUCAAUUUGUAACCAACUGCUACCUGAAGUACCGGAAGUUUGACUCCUGAAUUUCAGUGUUUUCACUAAACAAUAAAUUUCUAUAGUCAUAGGAAGCUAAGGAAUUAUUUUACUAUAAUGCUUCUAUCAUUUAACCAACUCUAAUGGCAAUUAUAUUUUCAACAACUGUACCUGCUAUUUUAAAUGUUUUUGCCUUUAUUCUUUCAUAGCAAUGGUGCUGUUUAUAUCAACCACUCUUAUCAAUUUAUUUUUAUUUUACUAAAAAAAUAUGUGAAAAUAAAAAAUCUGUUUAAAUAUUUUGUCUCAUAUCAAUAAGUAUCUCUUUGAAGGUUUUUUUCUGUAUGUGUUUGUGUGUUUUAAAUUUAGAUUAUGUGACAUUUAUACAGUUCAAAAUAUAUUUUAUUUCUAAAUAGAACAUUGUAUUUCUUCAUAUUA